CUGUUUGGAUAUCCCAGCUGUUUUAAAGCAAACGGUGUUGGUGUCGCUUGUGCUCCGUGGCAUCCUCUCUGGUUCUCCCGAGUCGGACAGGCCUAUCUGCUGCCAAUAUGAACAUCCGCAGUGCUCGGCCUGAUGACCUGAUGAACAUGCAACACUGCAACCUCCUUUGCCUUCCUGAGAACUACCAGAUGAAGUACUAUUUCUAUCAUGGCCUCUCUUGGCCCCAACUCUCCUACAUUGCUGAGGAUGAAGAUGGGAAGAUUGUGGGUUAUGUCCUUGCCAAAAUGGAAGAGGAUCCUGAUGAUGUCCUUCAUGGACACAUCACUUCACUGACUGUGAAACGCUCCCACCGGCGCCUUGGCCUGGCCCAGAAGCUGAUGGAUCAGGCCUCACAGGCUAUGAUUGAAAACUUCAGUGCCAAGUAUGUGUCCCUGCAUGUCAGGAAGAGCAACCAAGCAGCCCUGCACCUGUAUUCCAACACCCUGAACUUCCAGGUUAGUGAGGUGGAGCCCAAGAACUAUGCAGAUGGAGAAGAUGCGUACGCUAUGAAGAGAGACCUCUCACAGAUGGCAGAUGAGCUGAGACGCCAGAUGGUGCUGAAGAAGAGCAAAUAUGUGUUGCUGGGUUUCAGAGAGAACCAGGAGAACCAGGGCAGCACACUCCCUGGUUCUGAAGAAGCUUGUCAGCAGGAAAACCUGGGUGGAGAUGAUAGUGGCAGUGACAGCAAAGACAGCUUGCAGGACUUGGACUCUACUGCCUAGACCCUGCUUGAGCAUUACAGGUCCUUGUAUUUUAGCCACAUUUUUUUUCU